UAAAUGGUUCAACGGCCGGAACGCACAAUGCUGUAUUGUUCAUUUCGCUUGCUGCCCUCUUGUUACUAGGAUCUUUGACUAGGAAGUCUUAAACAUUCCACCAAUCCCAACCGUCAAAGUGGUGUACGUGCGAAUCGAGCGUUCGACAAGUUAAGCCAUCUUGCAGUAGGUUAAGUGCAGAGGAGUGAAAUUGGUUGGCGAACGGUGACAAGCUUCUAUCAUCGACGAGAAAAAACCCACUUGUUACUAGGAUCUUUGACUAGGAAGUCUUAAACAUUCCACCAAUCCCAACCGUCAAAGUGGUGUACGUGCGAAUCGAGCGUUCGACAAGUUAAGCCAUCUUGCAGUAGGUUAAGUGCAGAGGAGUGAAAUUGGUUGGCGAACGGUGACAAGCUUCUAUCAUCGACGAGAAAAAAAAGGAUUUUCUAUUGGCCACCAAGAUAAGAAUAAGCUUCCCGAUAGCAGUUUGGUUGCUCAACCACUUUGCACGAAAGUGAUUUAUUUACAAUGAGCGAAACAACGGAUAUACAGUUCGAUGGAAGGAGAGGGAACAUAGCCAAGUUUGUACCAUUGGACAAGGGUACGGGAAACGUGCUUCCGAUGAUGAAGUCGACUUGGGGUUUCAAACAGCCGGGCCUCUUCAUAACAGUCGCAGGAAGUGAAUCGGACUUUCAUAUGGAAACACGACUUUAUGACACCGUAAAAUGUGAUCUCAUGAAGACAGCUAUUAGAACAGGGGCUUGUUUUUUAACGAGCGGUACUAAUUCUGGCGUCGCGAAACUUGUCGGGAAAAAAUUGGAAAAUAGCACUGUAUCGAAAAAUGUCCAGGUGGUCGGAAUCAUAGCCAUGGAUCGCAUACACAAAAUGGAUUCAUCAACAGAAAAUAAUAGCGAAGAUUCAAGGAGUGAGAAUGCGGAAGAUGUUUUUUUCCCGUCUAAAUACUCGAAGCUUCUCGACCCAAAUCACUCUCACUUCAUCGUUGUGGACGACGCUGAACAACGGUCGGAACUAGAGAGGAAAAUUUCUUACGACGAAAACAAAAGUAAUGGACCAUGAUUACUCAUCUCAAAUACCAACCGUCCAGAUAGUACUAGGCGGUGGAUACGAAACUCUGGAGGCCGUCUAUCACGCGUUACAAACGAAUACACCAACUGUGGUUGUAAAGGGCUCAACAGGAAUUGCGUGUAUUCUUGCAUAUGCCCACAUGAAUGCCGACAAAACAGAACAUAGGCAUGAGCAUAAUCAUAUUUAAUCUCAUGACACUUAUAUUGUUUAGUUCAAGCGAUAAACACCCCUGAGAUAAAAAAAUGUGUACAGUUUGGAUUGUCCAUGUCAUUCCUUACAUAUUUCCGUCAGCCUUGUUGAGUCCAUCAGUUCAUUUUCGCGCAAUGUAUAUUGCGCGAGCCUAAGCAAGUUCUGCGACUAGCAGCGUGUAAUUCUACAUUUAUUGUAUCUCUAUGUGAAAUGAUGAACAUGAAUAUUU